UGUUAGACAGAGGCAUUUCUUUCCGUUGUGUUUACAAGUGUAAUUGACGUAUGUUGCGUUAAGCUAGGCAUCAAGUUCUUCGUGCGUUCGUUCUGAAAUAAAAAGAAUUCCAAUUUGUAGGUGAUUGCAGCAAGUGAAAAUGCAAGAGGAGUGGUGUACCAGUCUCAAAACUCUGAUAAAGGAUGUAUCAAAAUUGAGCACCAUCUGUGGUGACAUUAAGUCCAUCGAACAGACCUUAACUGACAGUGAUCAGAAUGGAAACAAGAUUGAUAUUAUUAAUAAAACAAAACAAUAUAUACUCGAUUUGAAAGAAACAGCAGAUAAAAUAUAUAAUACAUUCAAUACUGACUAUGAUAAAUGGAUACAGACUGAAGGAAACAUAAAUGUUGGUAAAAUUAAAUUAGUUGCUCUAAGUAAACUUAUUGAUCCUUUGAUAGUAAAUAACAAUUCAGAGCAUGCAGAAGAAUCUGAUCAAGAUACUAGUUCAAUUCAAGAAAACAAUCAAUCUGAAAAAACGCACAGCAAUGAAACAAAAAAUAAUACUUGUGAUGAUGAUAAAGAGAAGAUUUCAUCAAGUAAGAGGAAAAGCAACGAAACAGUUGCAAAAAUUAGAAGCAGGGUGUCUAGAAAAUCUACCAGAAAUCUAAAAUCAUCAUCUUCAACAUGCAGCAGUGAACCGGAGAAGCAAAAUAAAUUAAACCAAACAAUAGCAAUUAGUGAUUCUGACAAAGAAUCAGAAAGUACAAAAAGAUGUAAUGAAAGCACUCCUACAAAAUGCCUAACAGUUCAUAAAAAGUCAAACAAGUUCGAACCAAUUGGCAACAACCCUGAUUCUGAUAGUAAUAACAGUGGUAGUGAAAAAACAAAUUCUACUAAAGACAAUACAAAAUCAACUUCACUCAGUGAGUCUACCACUGAACCUGCUGAUGAUAAUGUACAUCAGAGUGAAUCCACUAGUCUAAAGAAAAAAACAGAUACAGCAGUUUCUACUGAUACUGUACAAGAGUCUGAGAAUAACACCACUGUCUCCAAGAAUGAUGAAGUAUCCAAAAGUAAAGAUAAAGUAACUAGUAAAUCUUCCAUUGACUCAGAACAAGUGGAUAACCCUAAGAAUGAGAAAUCUGAUGGGUCCAGUUCCUCAACAUACAAUGAAUCAGAUAGUGAUAGUACAAAAAAGAGGAAAGAAAUGGAAUCCAAUAUCAAUAACAUUUUGGAUAAAUUAGUUGAUUCUCAGUCUGAAUCAAGUACAGAUCUGGAAUUGAACAAUUCUGAUUGUGUCAGAAGCACAAAGAAAAGACGAACUAGAAAGAAUAAAGCUGCAGUUGCUUCAGAUAUUAAAGAUCCAAAAUUCCAGUGGAAGUGUUUUGUUCCUUUAGAUCGAAUUCCUGCUCAAGAAUUAAAGGCUAAUUACAUGAAAAAACAAGGAGAGUUAGAGUUAAAAAGAUUAUCCAAUAUGAAAACUUUGAAACGUACUCGAAGAUCGGGCAGUACAUCCACGGAAUCCACGGCAUCUUCAUCGUCUGAAAAGAAAAAGAUUGUGAAAAGAAGUCGCAGGAAAUCUUCGUCAUCUUCUAGCAGCAGCCAAAAGUCUGACAAUGAUAACGAAACUGUGCAGAAUAACGGCGAAGAAAUCGAAGUGCUAAUUGAUAAAGACGUUGCCGAUUUCGAUGAUAAUGAUAGUAACGAUCUUGAUCAUGCAAUCAUAGAUGCUAUUCAAGAUAAAGAUGGUAGCGAAGAAAGUACGUCAACUGAUACUGAGAAGAGCGAACCUGAAAAGAAAAAGAAAGAGAAAACUGUUGAUCCAAGCGCCGAUGAAAACGAUAAGGACAAGAAGAAACAAAGUUCUUGGAAACGCGAUAAAUUGCUAACAGAAAAGUUGUCAGAGAGCGACGAUGAAGAUCCGUUCGAAAGCAUUAAGAAAGUUCGGGAAAAGAUAAAGAAGAAACAGAAACGUGUGAUAUCAGAUUCUGAAGAAUCGAAUGCUAAUAAUGAUGACAGCAGCAAAAGCAGCAAAUCAUCAGAUGAAUCAGAAGAUGAAAAGAAGAAAAAAGAUGACAAGAAAAAGAGAAAAAGGAUAAAGCGUGUUAAAGAUAGCAGCGACGAUGAUGAUAAAAGCACAAGGAAACAUAUUAGAAAAGUUUUAAAUAAGGAUUCUUUGGCUGAAACCACGAAGCAAGCAGAGAAAGAUGAAGCGGAGAGAAAAGCUAGAAUCGCCGAACGCCAAAAGAAGUAUAAUCAUAUUUUUGAUGCUGAUAAAUUGGAAAACAGUUCUCUGAAUAAAGUAGUGUUGGAUUUCAAUGAAGAAACCAACGAAGAGUUAUUGGCUGUGGACGAAGAGCUGGUUAAGAAACUGAAACCUCAUCAGGGCAAAGGUGUGCAGUUCAUGUGGAAUGCAUGCUUCGAAUCGAUCGACCGCGCCAAGAACACGACCGGAUCAGGCUGCAUCCUUGCCCAUUGCAUGGGUUUGGGUAAAACUCUUCAAGUGAUAACUUUGAUUCAUACAUUGCUGAAGAAUAAAGAGAAGUCGGGAAUUAAAAAGGUAUUGGUGGUAUGUCCAUUGUCCACUGUGUUGAAUUGGGUGUCAGAAUUUAAGAAAUGGUUGCCCGACGACGAUGAGGUCGAAGUUUACGAUUUGAUCUCUUCGAAGCAGAACAGGGACAGAUCUUCCAUGACUACAACAUGGCAUUUGAAUGGUGGCGUGUUGGUGAUCGGUUACGAUAUGUUCAGGAACCUGUCCAAUAACGCUAACAAGCGUAUUCCCAAGAAUAUGCGUAACGAUUUCAAGCGGAAUCUGGUUGACCCGGGACCUGAUAUGGUCGUAUGCGAUGAAGGACAUUUGCUGAAGAACGAGAAGACUUCACUCAGUAUUUCGAUGAACAAGUUGAAGACGCUAAGGCGUAUCGUAUUAACCGGCACACCUCUGCAGAAUAAUCUCAAGGAGUAUUUUUGCAUGGUUCAUUUUGUUAAACCGAGUUUAUUGGGUACUUACAAGGAGUAUUUGAAUCGUUUCGUAAACCCCAUCACUAACGGUCAGUAUACGGAUUCUACCCAGCACGAUAUACAGAUCAUGAGAAAGCGCUCGCACGUCCUGCACAAACUUUUGGACGGAAUCGUCCAAAGGCGUGAUUAUUCAGUAUUGGCCCCAUUCUUGCCACCGAAGCAUGAGUACGUUUUGUUCGUAACACUCACAGAGACCCAAAUCAACAUGUACAGUCACUACAUGAAGGAAUUUGCACAAAAGCAGAACGGAGGACGCAUGUCCUUCCUUUUCGUUGAUUUCCAGGAACUUCAAAGGAUAUGCACCCAUCCGCGAGUUGUGUUUGAUAGAAGUGUUAAAAAGAGGAUAGAAGAUGAGAAAAAGGAAUGGGCUAGGGACGACGAAUCAGAAGGUUCAAUAAAAGACUUUCUUGACGACGGCUCAGAUUCGGAAAUCUCUGGAAAUUCAUCAUCGUCUUCAUCCUCGAAAGAGGAAGAAGAAGCUCCACAACAAAAAAGCAAGUUCAGGAGACGGACAAGGGCUAUUGCAGAGGCCGAAGGUCCACUCGAGGAAGAGGUUGUAGAUGUUGAAGACAGCAACCGUAAGGGAGAGUGGUGGAGUCAGUAUACCACUAAAGACGAACUCGAUAACAUAAAGUAUAGUGGAAAGUUACACUUAUUAUUCGAAAUAUUGCAUCAAUGUGAAAUGCUGGGCGAUAAAAUAUUGGUGUUUUCUCAGUCGCUGUACUCUUUAAAUGUGAUUGAAUAUUUUUUGUCAAAAAUUGAUGAAGCCUCACAGAGCGACGAAGAGUCUGAUCUUUAUUGCGGCUAUAAGAGUUCAUGGUCUUUGGGUCUGGAUUAUUUCCGAUUGGAUGGUAGCUCUUCAUGCGAUAAUCGUGCAGCUUGGUGCAAGACGUUCAAUGAUCCAGAGAAUAUUCGUGCAAGAUUAUUUUUAAUAUCUACGAGAGCCGGUGGAUUAGGUAUUAAUUUGGUAGCAGCUAAUCGCGUUAUUAUUUUCGACGUAUCUUGGAAUCCAUCUCACGAUAUUCAAAGUAUAUAUAGAGUGUAUCGUUUCGGCCAAACCAAACCUUCGUACAUUUACAGAUUCGUAACAUACGGUACAAUGGAAAUGAAAAUUUAUGAGAGACAGGUGACAAAACAAGCUAUUUCCAAGAGGGUAAUCGACGAACAACAAAUCGAUAGGCAUUACAACCAAAAUGAUCUGAACGAGUUAUACAAAUUCGAAAUCGCAUCUGAAGAGCGGCCAAUUCCUCUGGUGCCAAAGGAUAUUCUUCUAGGAGAAAUGCUUCAGAAACUUGAGAAAUUAAUUUACAAGUAUCACGAGCAUCAGACUCUUCUCGAAAAUAAGGUGGACGAAGUUUUGAACGAGGAAGAGCGGAAGGCGGCUUGGGAUGAAUUCGAGAACGAAAAGAAGAAUCGCAAUAUGAACAACAUGAUUCCAGGCUUUGCAGGACUUCAAUCUCUUCCGCCGCAGACGAUACAAACUGCUCUUAUUAGUAUCAUUAAGAAGGAGCAGCCGAGCUACACAAUAAACGAGAUAAACGGCGUCAUGCCACAGUUGUUGCAGGAAUUAAAUUCCCAAAUGGCUUGCGGCGAAUUGACGUUGUACACGAAGGUCGUGAACGAACUGAAGAUGAUGCAGUUCCAAUUACAGCAACAGAAGUUGCAGGAAUACUAUCAACAGCAACAAAUGCUGAAAAUGAUGCAGCAUCAGUUUAAGAAUUCGCAGAAUCCUAACGACGCCCUCAGGAUGAUGCAACGAUGGGCUCCUAAUAAUGCCAAUCCUCAAUCCGGCGAAUCGUCUACUAAUAAUAGGCCUGUCACAAUUGACCCAGAAAUAGUCAGUAUAGAUGACUGACCUUCAUAGAAAAGACAGAAGAACUAUACAUAAUAUUUAUUAUUUAUUGUUUUAAUGGAUGUUCUAAUUCUGUAUAUA